AUGAAAGGUCGUCUGCUGCUCGACAGACGUUUGCCAGCAGGUUCCCCAUUGCUGGAAAUCGAUCGGACGGUGAAGACUGAGAUAUUUCGACCGUGGAAUUUUACUCCGAGCGUUUGGAAUGAGCACCCAUCUCUGGGUCGAGUAGACAAGCUCUGGGACGAGAAGGCGGGCAAAUGCUACAAGUAUCACUUUUUCAUGAUUCCCAUCGACCAAGGCGCCCCGUACGGCUUGGAUCCACGUACAAAUGUCGUCUUCAAAGAUAUGCCAGGACCGGUAUCGGAGGGGUUUCCAGUGAUGUUAGAGGCCAUACACCACCUUCACUGUCUUGAUGCGUUGCGCAGGAAACUCUUCAUGAAUCGUGAGUGGUAUAAAGAGAACUGGGCGACUUUCGCCAAUCCUGGUAUCGAAGAUGCGCAUACCAGCCACUGUCUUGACAUGAUUCGACAGGUACUGACAUGUCGCGCCGAUAUUGGCAUCCUCGGGUGGAAAUGGGUCGCGGUAAGCAACAAUCUCCCCGACUUUGCACGUCCCCAUCAGUGCGUCAGCUACGCAUCUGUGCUCGAUUGGGCGCAGAAACAUGCAAUGCCAGAGAUGUUUCAAGCAUACGAAAAGCAUCAGGCUCCCCCAAGUGAUGCAAUUUUUGCUGACUGGGAACUCUUCCACGGCGAUUUGGGCGAUUUGAAUCGUUGGCUCACGCCUGCUAGCCAUAAAACGGGAGGGGAAGAAAAGCAUACUUGA